CUACUAAACCAAGUUUCUACGCGUUGGUAACAACUUUUACCCAAUGAAUGCAAGGUACCUACCUACCUAAGGACAUCACUGAGGAAAACACUUAUGGGUGUCAAAACUUUUGUAAACGUACAACAAACUUAUAAAUCCAUGUUGGUAACUUAGAGACCUUCUCUAUCUCAACCUCUCUAAUUCCAACACCAAACUAGCCGGAAAUCACAAUGAGACAAAGAUGGCGCCUACUAUCGACAUUAUCCGCCACGCAGAAGCACAUCAUAACAUCAUAGGGAGCGAUAUUCCAGAUCCCCGUCUAACUCACCGAGGCUUGAGGCAAUGUCUUGGCCUUCAAAAAAGGUACAGGAAGAUCGACAGCGGAGAUAAUAUCACACAUAUUAUCUCAUCUCCUCUUAGACGAGCCAUCGAGACAAGUUUAAGCAUCGCGCAGUUGGCGAAGGAAGGGACUGGAAUUACUCUCAAUCCCCAAUUCCAGGAAGUCAACGCCACGCCCAGCAGCACGGGAACCGCCGUAUCAGGACUCCUGGAACAAUAUCCCAACGCUAACUUAGAUGUGACACGGAUGGACGAAAACUGGUACCUGAAAGGACCGGACACGCCUUUCGCUCCGGACGUAGAAAAACUCGAGACCCGGGCGCUCCGAGCACGGUGCUUCCUGCUCGCCAUAGUCCGAGACUUGGUCAACCAGGAGAAGCAGGACGCGCGCGUCGUGGUUGUGGCGCACGGCGAGUUCGCGCAAUGGCUUACCAAUGACUUCGUGGGGACCGGUUACCAUCGCAAUUCCAGCUGGGCUAACGGUGAGGUCCGAUCGUACCAGUUCGAGAAACUGGACGUGGGCAAAGGGGACGAAGUUCCGCUAGUCGAGACGCAGGAAAGUCUGACAAGACGGGGGAUUACUGAGGCUAUAUCCUUGAGCGACGAGCAGAAGGCUGAGCUGAAGAGGAUCGCGUCCAUACGCGUGGUGUCGUAUGCUUCGAGCUAUGCCGAGAGUGAACGUCGGGAACGGGAGGCUAGGGAAGAGGAGGAAUGGGUGGAUGUGGAGGAGGAAGAGGCUGAUAAGGAGAACACGGAACCGUCCCUGCCACAUCGAACUCCUCGUCGUAGGCACAGACAUCGACCAUCUCUCCUUACCCGAGGUUCGUGAGAUUCUGGCUACUUACUCUCGUAGUAUCGCGGCGGGAAGAAUUAGAUACCUACUAAGUAAUCAAUGAAGAUGGCAUGAGACAUGACGCCUACAUAUGGUGUUGUACUACUAGUCGAGCUAUUUCCAAAAUAGGGACCGAGCUCCUUCCUCAUUGGGUACCAGAAUUACCU